AUGCCGUUCAGGGAAGGCCAGAGGAAACGCAUCCGGGAGCGGCACAAAAGACGCAGCGUCUGGAAGAGACCGAAAACCGCCUCUCAGAAUAGCAGCUCCCGCCCUUCCCAGGGCCCUUCCUAUAGGCUGUUCCAGCCACGUGACCGCGUGGCCCCUCCCGCAGCUCCCAGGGGCCCGCGCGCGCUGUGGGCGGUUCGGCAGCUUCCUCCGGGCGGGCGGUCGGCGGCCAUGGAGGGCCAGCCUCCCCCUGAUGAAGUUGUGAUAUGUCCUUAUGAUUCCAAUCAUCACAUGCCUAAGUCAUCUUUAGCAAAGCACAUGGUAUCUUGUAGAUUGAGGAAACUAGGCUAUACCAAAGAAGAAGAGGAUGAAAUGUAUAAUCCUGAUUUUUUCUAUGAAAAUGUGAAAAUACCUUCAAUUACUUUGAAUAAGGACUCACAAUUCCAGAUAAUUAAGCAAGCUAGAACUGCAGUUGGAAAAGAUGGUGAUUGUUAUAAUCAAAGGAUUUAUUCUUCACUGCCUGUUGAAGUUCCUCUAAAUCACAAACGGUUUGUUUGUGAUCUAACCCAAGCUGAUCGUCUUGCCCUCUAUGAUUUUGUACUUGAAGAGACAAAGAAAAAGCGCUCUGAUUCUCAAAUCAUUGAAAAUGACAGUGAUCUCUUUGUAGACUUGGCUGCCAAAGUCAAUCAAGAUAAUAGUCGAAAAAGUCCAAAAUCUUACCUUGAAAUCUUGGCGGAAGUGAGAGAUUAUAAAAGAAGACGCCAGUCCUAUAGAGCUAAGAAUGUUCACAUAACCAAGAAAUCAUAUACUGAGGUGAUUCGAGAUGUGAUAAAUGUGCACAUGGAAGAACUCAGUAAUCAAUGGCAAGAAGAGCAGGAAAAAGCAGACGAUGAUGCCGAAAAGAACGAAGAAAGGCGAUCAGCUUCAGUAGAUUCACGACAGUCUGGUGGAAGCUAUUUGGAUGCCGAGUGUUCACGACAUAGAAGAGACCGGAGUAGGAGCCCACAUAAACGAAAAAGAAAUAAGGAUAAGGAUAAAAACAAUGAGUCAAGAAGAAGGAAAGAGAGGGAUGGGGAAAGGCAUCAUAGUCAUAAAAGAAGAAAGCAAAAAGCAUAAAUGAAGUAUUUGUCAUGUGUUAAUAUGCUUAUGCCAUGAUAACCAGUAUGCUGAUAUUUUAAUUGUAAUUGCUUUGCAGAGGAAUGUUUAUAAGACCUGUUGUUUAGUGCUCAUUAGUUUUCAAUAAAUACUUGUGCUUCAAAUUGAGU